CGCCGGGGGGCGGGUCUUGGCGGGGGCGGGUCUGGCCUCACAGGCCCUCCGGACUCACGGAGCCGACACUCGUCGCAGCCUUCAUCAACAUGGGUAACGUGGUGAGCGGCGGGAGCGGAGACGAAGAUGAGGCGGGGAUUGAACAAGAAGAGCCCGGAGCAACAAACUCCGACACAGCUGUGGGAUCGGCCGCCCAGCAGGGUCCGGCUCUGCCGGGAAAUCCCGGCCCGGCCUCUCCGCCGCUGCUGCCGCCCUUACCCGGGAUGCUGCUGGAGCAGGCCUGUCUCAGGGAGAGGGCAGCCCGGCUGCGGGAGGUUGGAGCUCCGGAGUCGGUGGUGUCCAGGCACCAGAGUGCCCUGCUCCGCUGGCUGGAGGAGAGACUAAGCCGGGGAGAGGAGUUUCUCAGCCGGGAGCAGUUCAUAGAGAUGCUGGAGAGCCGGGCCAGCGGCCGGGAGGAGUGUGAGGAGGCAUUUGCACAGUUUGAUGCAGAAGGAGAUGAGGUGGUAGACUUGGAGAGCAUGCUGGAAGCCAUCAAGGCGUCCAGUGGUGCCAAUCUUCAAGGGGAGUUGAGUCAUGUAAUCCGACAGCUGCAGGCCUGCUCUCUGACACCGGGUUUUAUUGACAUAUUCUCCAAAUCAAAAGAGCGACUCAGCUUGCAUUCUACAAAAAUUCUGCGUUUUUUGCAUCGAAACCGUAUUUCCAGUACUGUGAUCCCUUAUCCCAUGCUAGAGUGCUGCAAUAACAUUUCUACAAUGCGUUCCUCUGUCCUGAAAGAUUACUUAGAAAGGCUUCUCAAAAAAGAAAAAGACUGUCCUGCAGCUGUAUGUGGCAGUGAUGAAUCUCUGAAGUAUAAAACCGUAACAAAAUGUUACAGUAGCAUAGAAACCUCAUCCAACUCCUCCGAUAUUGACAAGAUGACUAAUGGAGAGACCACCUCGUACUGGCAGUCAGAUGGCAGUGCCCGCUCACACUGGAUACGGUUACGAAUGAAAUCUGACGUUGUGCUGAAACACCUAUCCAUUGCAGUGUGUGCCACAGAUCAGAGUUAUAUGCCCCAGCAGGUGUCUGUCGCUGUGGGGCGGAAUCCCAGCAACCUGCAGGUGGUGAGGGAGGUCCACAUACCCAGCCACAUUACAGGCUAUGUGACAUUGCUGGAAAACGCCAGUAUAAGUCAGAUGUAUGUACAGAUAAAUAUUAAGCGCUGUCUGAGUGAUGGCUGUGAUACAAGGGUACAUGGCCUUAGAGCUAUUGGCUACCAAAAGAUCAAAAAGUCUGUUGUUUCCAUAUCUGAUGCUUCAGCUAUUUGGUAUCUAUCUUUGCUGACGUCACUUGUCACAACUUCCAUGGAGACCAACCCAGCACUUGCACAAGCGGUCCAGCAGCACACACAGAAGGCUUUGCAACACAUGACACCUCUUUCCUUAACGCAAGGUCCUGCUGACUUCCAAAAUUUCUUAUCACCAAAUGUUCUGGAAGAGGUGAACAGCUUCCUAAUGAGGACAGCAAGCUGCUGCCCUACACCUGAAGUGGAUUUAAAUCUCCUGGCCUUUGCCUUAGCCAGAGGGAAUGUUGCUAAAGUUAUUACAUCUCUUUGCACCAUCAUGGACAAUGUGGAUAUGCAAUACAAAGCCGCUUCUCUUAUCACUUCUAUGGAAUCUGUUCGACUCAAUCUACUCUAUAAAUAUGGUAGACCAUUGCAGUUCACACUUAUUGCUUGCGAUGUCAAAGGCAAGGAAGACAAAUCGGGGCCAGAAAACUUAUUGGUGGAACCAUGGUCAGGAGAUGGCUUUCUCUCAGAGACCGGGAAAACCAGGGCGAGCGUUAUACUUUCUUCAGCAACUGAUUCAGCCUUUCAGGUUACACAAAUGAGAAUUAGGGUACGGAGAGGUGCCAUCGGUGCGAAGUGUGGCUUUGUGUUUGCUUACAAUUCUUCAGAAAAGUUCCAUGCAGAAGAACAUUUUAGAAGAUUUGAAAAAUUUGAUACAUGGAAAUUAUCUGAAUUCAGGCAGUUCGUGAAAGAAAGAGUUAAAACGCCAUGCACAGAAGCAGGAGAGUGCGACCUUGUGGCUUGGUUUGAGCUUGAAGAAGAGUGGGAUGAAGUGGACAUUAGAAUGCAGCAAUGUAAAAUUGCAAAAUACUGGAUGGUGAAGUUCCUCUGCACCCGAGAAGAUACAGCAGAGCGUCUGGGUGUACAAGGAGUUAGUGCUUCUGGUUACAGCAGGCCAGAGGAAACCAAGAUUGACAUGAAUGUGAUGUGUCUCAAGUGUAAGGAGUUGGCAGCUGACAGUGUAUGUGGAAUGACGCUGAUUCUGAAAACACUGCUGUUUGUUCAACAACUAGCACAUGAUAUGGAAAAGGAUAAUCGAUCAAGACACAGGUCACUCCUUGAUUUGUCAGGUCUGGAUUUGGAGCUCCUAUGGAAAUUUUAUAAGAAGUUGCAGGAUAAACCCAGAGAGGAGUCUGACUACGCCAAAUCUAUUCUGCUUCAGUUACUCCAGAGCUGCUCGAGUGUGUUAACUGGAAAUUCCACUCAUGUCCUGAGCCAAGCACAGUAUGCUCAAGAGCUAUAUACUCACCUGUGUGAUGCUAUGGACAACAUGGAUGUCUCCACUUUGCCUUCCAGUGCACUCAAACAAGACAUUGUUAACACGUUACUGAAUGGAGCUGCUAUUUUUUUCCCUGAUCGCCUGGCUAGACGUGAUUGUCUGUUCUCUUUAAUGAAGAGAAUCACAGAAGAGAAGCAACCUCAGUCUGCACACAUCACUUUCCAGUCCCUGUGUACAUACUUCAGUGAGCAUGAUCCAAGUGGACUAUUGCUGCUACCAGAUACAGAGGAUUUUGCACAAUUUGAUGCAAGUGAAGUGCUCUCCGUAAUGGACAAACUUUUGGUGAUGGCAGUUAGAGAGAGUAAAGGGCUGGUGUUACAUGAUUCCCAGGGAGAAUGUGGCACAAUCCUCCACUCCUUGUUUUGGGCAGUGCAGGGAAGUCUCCUGUCAUGGUGCUUUUGCCAUUUGAAAGGUGAAGAUCCAGUGUCCCAGGUGAAGGCGAGAGAAUUGCUUGUGAAGUAUGUUGAUCUUUUCUUGUUAAACACCAAAAAUAUUCUAGAACCUUUGCUGGACCAAUGCAGUGGGCAGGUGAUCAUUGAAAAGUUGAGUGAUUCCGUGUUUGCCAUGUCAACGCGCCAGCUGAUGACCUACAUGUUGGAGUUUUGUACUCUUAAUAUUCCGCACUGUUUACUACUCCAGAGUUUCAGCAGCUUAACGAAGUUACUGAAAAAGCUUUGUGGUGAUCCUGGGGAGAGCGCAAACAAGGUAGAAAUGGAUAGUUGGAACCAGGUUCAACAGCCAGUGGUUCUGCAGACCUGGAUUAUGGAAUCCCCCCAUAACUAUGAGAACAACUGUCGAGACUCAACGGUCUUCCUUUGCCCUGGGGCUACCUAUUUUGAGGUGGAAUUUGAUGACAAGUGUGAAACAGAGAGAAGGUAUGACUAUUUGGAAUUUACAGAUGCUAGAGGUGGGAAAGUUCGCUAUGAUCACAAAGUUGGCACUGAUAAAUGGCCAAAGAAAGUAACCUUUAAGGCUGGUCCACAACUCCAGUUCUUGUUCUUCUCAGACAGUAGCAACAAUGAAUGGGGGUUUAAGUUUACUGUCACAGCAUAUGGCCUUCCAGACAUUGCCCUCUCUUGGAGCUCAGAUUUACAUCUACUUGUUGCACGAUUAUUGGGACGUCUGGCAUCUAGGUCAAUGGCUAUGAAAUCCACAUGCGAGUUGGGACUUGAAUUACCAUCUACAAAGGUGACCUCUGUUGUUACCUCUCAGUUGUGGAAACCUGUAUUCAGGCAUCAAAUGUGCACAGAAAACAUCGUAAUAACAGGACCAAGCCAUCAAGACCAGGGAUGUACUGAGGUAUCCCAAACUAAGAACUCUCAUGCAGAUGACUGUCGUAACUUUCUCCUUGACUUUGCAAACUCAGAUCCUACCCAGGAUUUCUGUGGCCCUAACUAUGAACUUUUCAAAGGACUGGUGCAAGCCAUUAGGAAACAGCUGACCAACAAUGAUAUGGUGGCUGGUUCCGCGGUUGUUCAAGCUGUGAACUGCACCUUUGCUGCUCUGGUAUAUCUUACGCCACAGUUAUAUGGAAAACUGCAAAGAUAUGUUCUCAGUGGAGGGAGACUAGCCUUAUGUGAAGAAUUUGCGCAGGUGUAUGCUUUGGCUGAUGGAAUUAGAAUAUGGAUGUUGGAAAUGAAGCAGAAAUCUUUGCAUACAGGCAGUGGUGACAAGCUUGUCGUUGAUGGAGCAGAAAUGAAUCCAGACACGUUAGCAAAGCAGUGCAUUGAGAAGUGUCUUCUGCUGCUGAACUUUUCACCUACAAUGUUAAGGUUGCAAUCAGACAGCUUCAAUUUCGCAGAAGAGAAAACAGCAUGCAGUUUAAAUUUGCGCAAAGGUUCAAUUGUGGAGGCUGAUUUUCAAGCUUCAAGCUCCUCCCCCGUUACCGCUUCUCCUGAGGCUGCCCAUCCUAGUCUGAUGGGAAAAUUUCAAGUGCCUGACCAUGACUCUCAGAAAAGGCAGGAGCCAGAACUUUUUAAAUAUGAGACUCCGGUAGGCUCUCAAAUGAAAUCAUCAGAAAAGGUGGAAGAUACUUCAUCCCCCCCUCCCACCCCAACACGUAAAGCCCCAUUCAGUCGGGCAAGGCUGAGGCUGCUCUCAUUCCGUUCUAUGGAGGAGCCAAAGAUGGUGCCAACAGUGAAAGAAAAAUAUCCCAUUGUGAAGAGUGUCUUAGAUUUUGUAAAGGAUCCAGCAAUUUCCCAUGAAAGUGUUUUGCAGGUUCUGUCCCUCAGAAAAGCACAGGCUGAAAGUAUCUUAAAGGUUCUUAAGAUUAUUCAAGAGUGUCUUGAUACUUUGGGGAAACCUCACUUCUUCCAACCUCCCUGUGUGAUCUUUCUAUUGGAGCUCCUUGCCUGCCAGAGCGACUUCACAAACUAUUUUGGUCACUUGGAAGGCUGCGGUGCGGAACUCCAUAGAGAAGUUCGAGAAUCCUACUAUAAGCUUGUUGUUGUUUUAGUUAAUGCUGUGAAGGAGUUCAACAACCUUAAGGACAGGACACUGCUUCCGGCCUUAUCAUGUGUGCAGACUACACUCCUCCACAUGUUGGACAUGAGCUGGGAACCACAGGAUCUCCCAUUCUUUCAUCGUAUAGCUCUCCCAGAGCUUCUCCUAACAGUGUCCCAGGAGAAUAUUAGUACCCAUGACAGUGUUGUCAGUCAGUGGGAGGAAGACGAUGAGAGAGAAGACUAUAGACAGAACCUUCUGUGGUUGGAAGAAUGCAAGGAUGGAAUGUUUGAAGCCUGGUAUGAAACAAUAAGUCAAGCUGAUCCAGAUGUAAGGAGAAAGAUGCAUUUGUUUAUCGCACGAUACUGCGACCUGCUGAAUGUCGAAAUCUCCUGUGAUGGGUGUGAUAAAAUUGCACCAUGGCACCGAUACCGAUGUUUACAGUGUAAUGACAUGGAUUUGUGUAAAACAUGUUUCUUGGGUGGUGUAAAGCCUGAAGGACAUGAAGAUAACCAUGAAAUGGUUAACAUGGAGUUUGCAUGUGAUCAUUGCCACGGUCUUAUUAUUGGUCACAGGAUCAACUGCAACGUAUGUGAUGACUUUGACCUGUGCUAUGGAUGCUAUGUUGCUAUGAGAUACUCUGAAAGCCAUCUGCCGAGUCACAGUAUCACCAUCUAUCCAACAAUUACAAAUAAAAUCAGUGACCGACAGCAGCUAAUCCAACCUUACGUACAUAACUACUCGUGGCUGCUCUUCACUGCACUGGCUCUCUAUUCUUCAGACCUUGCCAGUGAGGGGGAGCUGGAAGGGGAAAAACUAGACCCCAGUAUUAUUACCAGUGCUCAGAUCUUGCAGGCUGAUUGCACUCACCUAGUCGCCAGCUGUCUUGUGAAAGCACAGAAAGGAAAAGGUGUUAAAGUGUCUUCCUUACUCUCCAUGUGGGCCAACCAUGAAAAUGAGAUUUCCUUAAUCAGUUCUUCCAGUGAGAACAUCACAGCGGGUGAUGAAGUUUCUGUUCAGGCUGAGGAUAGCACAGUAAAAAGUUCUGUGCCAGAAAAGCAGGACAAUGGUGAUACUUCUGCAGCUAUACACAUUCUCCAUAAAGAACAGUGCUCAGAGGAGGAACCUGGAAAGACUGACAGAUCCAUAAAGGCAGCAGAUAACAAAGAAGAUGACUCCGAGCACUCCACAGAGCGAUACCUUUUUGCUGGAGACCUGAGCAAGAAGCAUAUAGUUGACAAAGCUAUAAUCCCAAACCCUGACCAAGUGUUUGCAGAAUGCUCUCAGGAACGCAUUGUGGGACUGAUAGCCAGUAUGCUGCCUCCUCUGAAAUCAGACACAGUGGGCUGCCUAGUGAACCUUCAGCAAGUACUGCCAUUGAUGUUUCAAGUCGUUAUCUCCAAUGCUGGUCACUUAAAUGAAUCCUACCAUUUAGCCUUGGGCCUUCUAGGGCAGUUAAUCCUACGACUAAACCCAGCCGAGGUGGAUGAUGCUGUCGGCAAUAUCCUGUCUUGCAAGAGCAGUGUGCCAACCGUAGGUGACGGGAGCUCUGUACCAGAUGGCUGGAUUACAACUCAGCUGCUGUUCAGCCUAGGAGCUGUAUGUCUGGACAGCAAAGUUGGCCUUGAUUGGGCCUGUACAAUGACUGAUAUUCUGCGGGAGUUAAAUAGUUCUCCAAAAUGGCAGAAAGUGAUGACCGCUUUCACAGAUCACUGUAUGCAGCAGCUGCCUGACCGUUUAAAAAACACCAAUAUCUUCACAUUGUUAGUUUUGGUUGGGUUUCCAGAGGUACUAUGUAUGGGAACACGGUCUGUGUACAUUGAUAAUGCCAAAGAGCCUCAUGAUGUUAUCAUUUUAAAACAUUUCACAGAGAAAAAUAAAGCUGUUGUUGUUGACAUCAAAACACGAAAACGGAAAACUGUGAAAGACUAUCAGUUGCUGCAUCACAGUGACUGUGACAGCCAACAAGCACAAGGAAAUCUUAAGAAAUAUCUCCAACACUUUGCCUCCAUUUCCCGGCACCUUCUGCAAUCUAAUUUGGACACUGGCUGCGCAGAAGCUGUUGAGGCUAAUUGGGUCCUGUCACUGACUCUUAAAGGAUUGUACAAAACUCUUAAGAAUCAUGAUUUUGAAGAAAUUCAAACUGCAUUUAUUCAAUCUGGUCUAUUAAAAUUGCUGGUGAGAAAAUGCAGUAAAGGGACUGGUUUCAGUAAAACAUGGCUACUUCGUGAUCUGGAGAUCUUAUCUAUAAUGCUGUAUUCAUCAAAGAAAGAAAUGAGCACUGUAUCUGAAAGAAAGGAUUCAACAUCGGAGAAGAAAGACAAAGAAUUGGAAUCGCCAACUGUUGAUUUAGAGCAGAAAAAGCCUAAUCCCUUAGAGGAUCUUGAUGAAGCCACAAAAAAAUGUUUUCAGGUAAUACAUGAAACCCACAAUGUACCGUUACACAUCCUUCGGGCCAUAUUUGAGUUGGAAAUGAAGAGUACAGACUCCUUCCUUGAAAAGGUCAACAAAAGAUUUGAUGAAAACUCUGGUGUAAUCGAUGAGAGAGUCAAGAAGAUGGCACAAAAAUGGCAGCCUCUCAAGUCUUUAAAACAAGAGGAACAACUGUUGAAUGUGACAGACACCGAUAUGAUCAUCCCGCCCUGCCUGUUGAAACCUGUGCAAUGUGAAAAAGCCACAGAUGAGUCCAACCCAGUCAGCCAAAAACUUAUUGUUACAAGUGAAAGUGACCUUCAGCUCAGCUAUGCCAAGCAAAGGCGCACCAAGAGCUCCAUUCUCCUCCGCAAGGAGCUUGACUCACGCAGUAAAAUAGCAUUACGGGAUUACCUGUACCAUGUGAAUGAGGCUACAACUGUAAUAUAUGCUCGACAUGUUCUGGCAUCACUGUUGGCUGAAUGGCCUGGUGGUGUUCCACUAAAUGAAGAUAUACUGGAGCUAAGUGGACCACCACACAUCACCUACAUUUUAAACAUGCUAAUGCAUCUGGAAGAAAAGCAGUUAUGGGAGAAGAUCCUGCAGAAGGUGCUCGGUGGCUGUAGUGGGAGUAUGCUGGGAACCGUAGCACUUACAGCUUGUCAGUUCAUGGAAGAACCUGGAACAGCAGUUCAAAUCCGGGAAUCCAAACACCCUUACAAUAAUAAUACUAUAUUUGAGGACAAGGUUCACAUUCCUGGUGCAAUUUAUCUAUCAAUCAAGUUUGACCCAUUGUGUAACACUGAAGAGGGUUGUGAUGAGCUGGUCAUCUCAAGUUCUGCUGACUUUAAACAAGAUCUGCACAGGUUUAGUGGGCCACCUAAAAAGUGGACAGACUUUGAACUCCCAGGAGAUACCUUGUACUAUCGUUUUACAUCUGACAUGAGCUGUACUGAAUGGGGAUACAAGUUAACUGUGGCUGCUGGACAUCGAGGCCGGUUUCAAACAGGGUUUGAAAUUCUAAAGCAGAUGCUUUCUGACCAAAGAGUUGUGCAUCAUCUUCCUCUGUCCAACAUAUGGGCUUGGCAGGUUGAUGUGGCGUGUCGGCAGACUGGACAUCAGCGAUUAAAGGCAAUCCACUUAUUAUUGAAGAUUUUACACCUUAGUACUGUGAGAGAUUGUGACCUGAAGCUGUUGAAGCCGUUAUGGCCAGUGUUCGUUUGUAUGGAAAACACUGCUUGCCAAGAAGCCACUACCUCUGGCGUUCUUCUCCCUUUGCACAGAGCACUCACCGAACUGUUUUUCAUCGCAGAGAACCGUGCAAAUGAUCUAGGGUGCUUACAAGACUAUUUGAUUAGUUUAACCAUGGAUGAUCAGAUCAAUCAUUACACAGAACAGGCGCUUAGAAACAUUGCUGCUAUAAGUUUUGCAAUCAACUAUCCAAACAAAUCGACAAGUGCGUGGAAUGCUUGAUUACAAGGUGGAUAAAUGCCAUUUAUCCUGGAUUCUAAUUACAGCUGAGAGUGCAUGCUCUGUGGGUUUUCCAUCAAUGUUUAUGGAGCCCUCCAGGAGCAGAUCACGUAAGAAUAAUGGAUUAGAGACCAUACACCUGCCUCUUAGCACACAUGCAUUUAAACCAUCAUUUACAGUAAGGAACGUGACAAUUAUUCAACCUUUGGAACCCUGUUUACUAUAAUUACUUAAUCCCAAGCUUUGAAUGCUGAAGAAUUGUAUUUUCUCCCAGCUGUCUGUAUUAGGCUGGUAAGCCAAACUUGACAUGAAUACUAUACAGAAAAGAAAUUAAGGAGAGACACACUGGAGCAUUUCAAGAAAAUACAAAAGGGAAAUUGUGACAUUACCCCAAGCAUCCAAUCAGAGAUUGUCAUUUUUCCAGCAUGGAUUAGACAAACAUCUGGUUGCUAUGGGCAACUCAACAAUUUGUUCUAGUUUCUUUUUUAGAUGUUCCCAGAUGUCUAUGUAUAUGUUAGUAGUCUUUCAACAUGCAUUUGACCACAACCUAGUCAUUAUUACUAUUUUAGCCAUCAGAUGUCCCGACUUGAUUUGUUAUGCAAGGUAUGUAAAUCUGUGUACAGAUUUAAACCUAAUAGUAAGUACACAAAAUAUAUUUUCCUGCCAAAAGGAGACACUACGUUUUUUCUGCAUUUUCUACAGAGAUUUAACUUGUAGGAACACCAUGCCAACACCAGUAAUACUUCCAAACGUUGAUUUUACAUUGAAUGUUACAAAGGGAACAUAAGUCCUUUUUUUUUUCCUACUUUGAAAUAAUGUGCUGUAAAAUGACUACAGCAUAUCGCAUUGAUUGACCGCUAAAUCCAAUGACUGUAGACGUAGCAGACAACUUCCUAUCAUGGCAAUGGGGACACAAUACUUUUGUUUUAUCGGUCUCCGGUGUUUGUGUAGAGGUAAUCUUGUUUUAUAGUACUAUGCAUGUAACACUGCAAGGUACAGGCUAGUCUCUCACACACAUUACACAGUUUAUGCUCAUGUCCUUUUCUUUUUAUUCUGUAUAGAUUAGUGACACUGUGUAUAUAUGUGUCACUUUUAAGAUAUAUACUUGAAUUGCUUAUUGCAUGGGAAGUGUUAUGGGAUAACCAAUUUCCAGUAAACAUAUAGCUUCAAGAAGCCCAAUGAAACACCCCGAAAUUUCAUUUCUAUAAGAAAUUCAUAUGUGGAAGUGUUUCUUUUUAUUCUUCUCCAAUAAAAGUUUCGGAACCAUGCCAUUACUGAGCAAGCUGCAUUAAAUUCACUAUACAGGGAAAAAAAGCAGAUCUUACACCAGAUCAUUGAUCGUUCUCAGUUCACUAAUGCACAUUAUGGCAUAUGGGCUACUUUUCCCACAUCCUUGUUCUUACUCCUCAUGCAAUCAUUAUCCAGUCACAGAGUUCAGUAAUUCCUAGUUCAAGUUGCUUUUUGUGCGACAUGAUUAAUGCAUAUGGUCUAAUGCUUGGGAGUGUAGAUAAUCAUUUCAUAUUUUAAACAAAAUCGGUUGUUUGGGAUUUGGUUUUAGUGUUGUGGGGUUUUUUUGCCAUAAGUUUAAGCUAAUAAAGCGUAAUAAGUAAAAUGUUCAGAGAAAAUAUAAAAAAUUUUUACGGCACUAAAAGUCACACUCAGGUCUGAUACUAUAUGUAAUUUAUUUUACCUUUCCUAAUGCUUUUGAUUUAUUUUAUGAACACCAAUAUCAAUUAACUAAUUUACUAUAGAAUGUUUUGGAUGUCUGUACAUUCAACUUAAGUUCUUCUUUCUUUUGUCUUCCUUUGUAGCAUAUGUGAAAUUUCCUUUGCUAUACUACUGUGCACCUCUUGCCUUUACGUAGUUGGGGGAAGCCAUUUGGUUUGGUUUUAGUGUGACCCACAAGAUAGCCUCUGCUGUGUAUUAAAUACAGGUACAUUUCAUCCAUGUGUAGUAAUUCUAGGUCUUUUCAGUGCCUGUCCUGCAACACAGUUUAACUGUUUCCUUUGAUUUCACCCACAUUUGUACUUGUUUAGAUAAUAUAUUUUUAGUUAUUCGUUAACAGGCAGUUGUGCUUAUUGAGAACAAUAAGGCGGCUCUGCAAUUGCUAUUGCUGCGGUGUAGCCAUUACAUAGGAUAGUGCGUGUCUAGUAGGAUAGGCAGAGUGUGCACUUGCAUUGCACUGAACAGGUAGUAAUGUACGCUUUGUCCUAGACUGACGUUCACACUGUGGCUCACUGCACAUGAUGCAUGAUGAGAUGACUGUUCAAUGAUGUGGAAGAAACAUCAGUUGCUCCGAUAUGGAUAUAACCAUGUAAUAAUAUACUGCUGGCUUAAUGGUAUGCUAACAAAAUGUGCCUAAUAUGUACAAUGUAAUAUGUAAACACACACACACACACUGUACUUAUCAUUGAUUUCUAAUAUUUGCUUUACAUGUUUUAAGAAAAAAAGUUGUUUUUUGUUAUGGGGUUAAAACUUUUCCUAUUUGGUUGUAAAGAAGAAAAUAUAGUAUAUUAUAAAUUUCACAUGUAAAAAAAGUUAUACAUAUGAACUCCGUAUGUGCAAAUUAAGAAAAUAUAUUGUAAAAAAAAAAAAUAUCACUAAUAAAAUAAAGUGAAUGCAA